AAGUACAGAUAUCUGUCUUCAAAUGUUGGGAGUAAAAGUACAAAGUCGUCAGAAAAAUAACUAUUAACCUGGAAAAAUUUGCUUAAGCACACUAACCAAGUAUUUGUCCUUUGUUACUCCCCACAACUGGUCUGAAAUAAUGUUCGUAGGUGUACCUAAUGAUGUGUCCUUGCACACAAUAUUUGCUGGUGUCUCUCGAGGGUGACUCAUUUGCACACAUGCACACACAAGAUGUUUUAAAACCUUUCAGGAGAUUCAAAGCGAGCGUGUCUCGGCGGACGAGUUAGACGAGAAAGCCCAGCGGAUUUAAGACAAAAGCAAAUGAAAAUGACAAAAUAUGACGGGAAGCAGAAUGUCCCCUGUGUGUUUUUCAAUUGUAUUAUUAGUCAAAUACAUCAGAAGAUAAAGUAUUUGUAGAAAUGCGAGGUCAGGAUCAGCUAAGGGAAGUAAAAAUACUGCGCGUGUGUGUUUCACGUCAAAUUCACUUUUUUCAAACUCCGCCCAAAAAGUCCUUCACUUGCCACUUCAUUCGGUACACCGUGGAACGACAUCUGAUACGAAAGAUUAACAGGCGCUUGCACCCCCUUUUUCAUGGAAAAUCCUCCAAAUUAUCGUCAAAGUUUGACACCAAGCUGCGCCCACAUUAGAUGGUAAAUGCAAAACUCACCCUUCUGUCUAGUAAACAAAUGGGGUUCAUUUGGGUGGAUUCCCUCAUUGGAGUUCUUCAGUACGAGCCUUGAAAUUCACUCGAAAUGGUUGCUUCACAGCAAAAAAGGCCGAUUUUCUGUUAAAUUUGGGGCUUGGGUCCUUGAGACUUUUUGGUGCGUCCUGUCGUGAUAGACAUGUCCACCAAAUUUUGUGUGAAUCAGUGAAACAGGUGUCAGGAGUUGUUGUUUUUUUUAACUUCCUGCUCAAUUUCAGGAAUGGGUCCUUGAGAGUUUUUCGUGCAUCCUGUCAUGAUAGACAUGUCUGCCAAAUUCUGUGUCAAUCAGGGAAGCGUGUGUCAGGGGCAGAUUUUUUCUCCCCUCAAACUUUCCAGGGAGUGCGUCUGAGUGUGACAUGCUUGCUUCAUACCAAAAUGGCCGACUUCCUGUUUAAUUUGGGGCACGGACCAUUUCGACUUUUUGGUGCGUUCUGUCAUGACAGAUAUGUCCACUCAAUUUGGUGUCGAUUGAUGAAACUGUUGUCAGGGGCUGAUUUUAUUGUUUUGUUUUGUUUUGUUUUUUUGUUUCCUUCCAACUUUCCAGGAGGCAUAUCUCUUUUUGCUUGUCCUGCCAAGUCUGAUUCCUGUUGCUAAAAUCUUGACCCUGUUCUCUCUGCGUUCUCCAGCAACUGGACCCCCGUUUGUGUGUUUACUGGGCUGGACCACAGGACGACAAUCAGGGGGGCUGCCCGGCGGGACCAAGCGAGCACGUGUACACCAGCAGGUGUGAGCGUGUGUUUAAGACACAGACGUGGAGCCUUGUUGAAAAAUCAGUCACGGAAGUGUCUGCCUUCAAAUGAACUAACUGGACGCAAAAUGAAAGCGACAAAAUGGGACGAGAUGUCUGAUGUGUUCUUCUAAAGUUCCCACUUUUUAUUCACACUUCCUGCUCAACGUUUCUGCAAUGGCCACCAUCAAAUGUUGGGUUAACAUGGCCAACAACGUUGGGAUUCAGUAAGCCUCCAGGAGCCGUGUGCCCGUCGCCCUUCUCCUUCCUCCUUCCUGCUUCUCACAGAUGGAAGCUCGCGAAUCUGCUGCCGGUGCCGGUGGCGGCGGCAGGCAGCAGUGCCCAAAUAAGGACGGGGCCAAGGAGAAGACACCUCUGCAAAGGAAGUGGGUGUCCGAGCCCUCCGCCACCGCCAAGCGAAGCACUUUUGCUGAUCCGGCAGCAAGACACCGUGAGAGUUUGCUGUGUGUUGCCAAUGUGGGAUCAGCACCCCAACACAACUACACCAUCACCGGGAAUUCUGGGAAGAUGCUAUCUGGACCUUCGGCGGUUGGGGCAAUAGGAGGCCCACCACCAUCUCAAGACCCCCAGGGGCCUUUUGCUCAGGGCUUUCCAGGGGGGUACUCCUAUCAGCUGGGCCAACCGUACCCUCAGCAUCCACAGACUGAACGCUUCCACUCGGGAGCCAAACCUCAGCCAGGACUCGAGGCACAUGCCUGGCCCUUUGCCGGACAGUUGCCAUCAGACGAACUGUAUCCCGUGGGACACCCGGGACACACUCACCCCCAUGGAGCCGGAGCGGGGGUCGGGAGGUUCCCCCGGCAAAAAUCUCCCAGUUUACCAAGCUCCUUUGGAUCGUAUUCCCAGAUGGGCCCUGAUCCAGGAGAUGAGGGCUACGGCAAAAAGGAGCAAAAACCCAAAAAGCCUGGAAAGUACAUUUGUUACUACUGUGGCCGAGCCUGCGCCAAGCCCAGCGUCCUGAAGAAGCACAUCCGCUCCCAUACCGGAGAGAGGCCUUACCCUUGUGUCCCCUGCGGUUUUUCCUUCAAAACUAAGAGCAACCUUUACAAGCAUCGCAAGUCCCAUGCUCACGCUAUCAAGGCCGGACUAGUUCCCUUUUCAGACCUGGCCGUUUCCCGUGGUGGCGACAUGGAGCAUGCGUCCCUCGGGGGAGAGGCAGAUGUCCAAUCUGAUGGCGAGCAAAGCACCGACACGGAUGAGGAAGGAGUGGAAGGAGCCACCAUUCUGACAGACAAAGAUGGAUCCAUCACGCAUAUCUCCUUUGAAGCUGACAAGAGUCCAGGUGGUGCAGAACCAGCAUAUGCAGACUUGGCUGAAGAUCUGCCCACGGGCUCCAUCAAAGUGCCUAUCUUGAUUGUUCCCAAGUCCAGAGGGAUCGAGUGUCCGCCCUUUCAGGACAUAAAAGGUUCCCACCACAUAAUGACGUCACUGGCCGGGAGAAAAGGGCGUUCACUGGACGACACCGCUUCGGUCCAACCACGUUUGGCUCUGAGACUGAACGACAAGAAAGGCCUGGAUUCGGAUUGUGCCGCAACGCAGUCGCUGAACCUCCUCAGUCCUCACAGCAAAGGCAGCACAGACUCUGGCUACUUUUCACGCUCUGAGAGUGCAGAGCAGCAGAUCAGCCCUCCGAAUACGAACGUUAAAACGUAUGAGGAGAUCAUGUUUGGUCGGACCUGGUACUACCGACCCAACUCCAGAUCCAGGCAAUUUGUCACAGUAGCAAAGAUCUCUAAGGAUCAUAUCUGUUUACGGGGGGAUGUAGGAAUGUCCAGAGAUCCCAAACUGUAUCCAACCGGACCCAGUCAGAGCAGUACAGGACUUCUGGAGCCUCCGUCAGAUUCAGGGCCUCUUAUCAGGAGCAACUCCAUGCCAACAUCUUCUCCCCCAAACCUCAGUGUACCCCCAGGGAUCCGGGGCAGCCAUUCCUUUGACGAGAUGAUGACAUCGGAUGAUGUUUUUUACCAGCCGGGACUUCGUCGACUCCAAAGACAGGCGGCUAUUGAACUUUUAGCCCAUGAAGCCCACACAGGAGACACUGAGGGCUCUGUACACAUGCACAAGAAUUUCACUUCAUCUCUUGGUAAGAAGCUCAGCGAACGCAGUCCAGGAGCCGCAGAGUCCAUUAACAUUAGCUCGUAUGGUACUAAAGUUAGCAUGUCUGAAAUAGCCACUAGAAAAAGGAGGAAGGAGAAGAGUGUUGGGGAUGAGGAGGACAGUCCUGAUCACUGUGACAGCAGCUGCAGUGGUUCAAUUGACAUGGCAGGAGAUUAUGUUAGUUUUGAAGGGUCCAGGGGCACCCCGACAGGGAAGGGCUCGCUUCAGAGUGCUCACAGUCAAUCAGACAGCUUUGAUACCUGUCCAAGCAUGUGCUCCGAGGAUAUAGCUCUGUUUACCGACUCAGAAUGCAGGAAGGCAGCCGGAAACGUCAUAUCAGUCAUCCAGCACACCAACUCCCUCAGCCGGCCAAAUUCCUUCGAGAAAGCUGAAUCCUUUGAGCAGUCGGGAUAUCAUCCUUCAGCCCCGUCCAGCCAAUACUCGGAACAGUCAGACUCUGAUAUCUUUGAAGAUGCCUUGAGUCCAGAGUCAGCCCUGCUGAGAACUGAGAGUAUGGAUCAGCAGCUGCAGAGCGAUAGUGACCUGGCCUCCCUCUCAUCUUCAUCGGCAGCAGCUUCACCUGGACAGCCAUACCACAUCCCACACAAACUUGUCCGCCAGCCCAACAUCCAAGUUCCCGAGAUCAGGGUGACGGACGAGAAAGACACAGAAGCGCCAAUGGCCAAGGAAGUGGAGAAGCAGCCGCCACAUGCAGAGGAGUUCCAGCUGCCACAGAGGAGUGACACGCUCUCCCAGAUGCCGUCAGAGAAGCUGCCGCCCAAGAAGAAGAGGCUGCGCCUUGCAGACAUGGAGCACUCAUCUGGAGAGUCCAGUUUUGAGUCCACUUGCACCAGCCUGUCUCGUAGUCCGAGUCAGGAGAGCAAUCUGUCGCACUCCUCUUCCUUCUCCAUGUCCUUUGACAGAGACGAAGGCCUCAAGACGGCAUCACCCACCAAACAGGACGACCCAGCCUCUGGUGGAGGAAUUAGACCAUCUGAGUUCCUGACGGUGCCCGGCAGUGGUCAUUCCAGCCACCAGCAACAGAGGGAGAUGAGGAGGUCCUCGUCGGAACAAGCUCCAUACACGCUGCCCUCAGAGGUGACAGAAAUGCGGAGCAAGUCCUUCGACUAUGGCAGCUUGUCAUCAUCCAGACAGGGAGAGCUCUACGCCAGCGCCUCCGCCAUGAAGGAGCGCCGCCGUGGAUUUCUUGUCCGACAGGCCUCCUUGAGUGUGUAUCCAGAGGCAGUUGCCCAGGAACCAGGAGGAUCUGAGCUGUCAAUCAAACAGGAGAGUGUGGAGCAAGGGGUGUGGCUUGGCCUGACAGGACCCCCAAAUAGAACCAGCAAUGUAGCGAGCAGAACCCAAAGAGUUGGCAAGACUGUUGGCAUUGUAGGAGCUCACCAGCAACAUGUCCUCCAGCAGAGUAUCAGUGAAGACAGUCUGCAGGACGAGCCUCACUACGGAAGGACUCUCCAGCAUCGCCUCCAGACCCAGGGCUCAUCAUCUCAGGGAGAACACCCAGGCCAUGAGGUCCUAAACAGGGAAGUCGGCCAACAGGAUCCGAUUGCCCCUCCAUUCCUCUCUUACCAGCAGUCUGCUCUGUUCUGGAGUCAGGAGGUCAGUCAGGCUUCGAGACAACGACUGACGCUCCAGGCCCAUCAGCAACUCCAGAAGCUCCAGAUCCUAUCCCCGAAUAGUUUGUCUGGACACACGGCACUUCGCAAACAGCUGAUCCAAGAUCAGCCGCCACGCGAUGGAAAAUCAGACACUUCAAGUACUCUGAUGAACCCUGCUGUAUUCCAAGAGCAAAAUCUCGCCCCUAUCUCAUCUAAACCAACAUCCAGCAUCACCGCUGUGCAGCUGCAGCAGAUCCAACCUAUCUUUGCCACCCAGAACCUGGGCUCCCACACCUCUCUGCCUAUGAUGGUUCCUGUGCGUAUCCAAACCCACGUGCCAUCGUACAGUAGCGUGAUGUAUACCAGCGUUAGCCAGCUGGUAGCUCACAGUCAGAGGAGCGGCUUAGUCGGACAAAGCAGAGCCAACGACAUGUCCUCACCGGAUGGCACUGUGAGAGGAGGAAUUCCAAGUGGAGCACGAUUCGACCUAUCGCACUUCCUGGGACAAACGGAUGGAACGCUGUUGCGCUCCCCACACUGGAAGUCUUCAGCUUGCUGCCCCAACACGGGAAUUCCUCUGUCGCUCACGUCAGGUACCAUAUCCGCCACAGAUGCCUCAGGGUCCGGCAUCGGAGGCAGCAAGAGGAUGCUUUCCCCCGUCAGUUCCUUGGAGUUCUUCAUUGAGACUAAGCAGCAGAAGAUGGUAAAGGAGGAGAGGAUGUUCGGGCAGAUGGUGAAGGAGAUGAGCGCCGUGGAGCUGAGUGGAACUGACGGCAGCAUCAAGCUUGAGGAGGGACCCUGUUCAGACGAUUGCGAGAGGAUGUCUUCUUCUCCUCCCCUGGGAGAUUUCCCUGCUCCCAAUAAGAACGCGAUUCCAGUCCGUUCUUCUGCUCACCACUGGCCCGAUGUCCCCCAGCCGGAGAGCUUCACCCCACCUCUCCAGAUCGUCACUGACUCCUCAACUGUGUUGUGUGGCCGAGAUUCACCUGAGGAGCUUGAUUUGGACGUGUCCCACUCCAGCCCCCAGUCCAUGACCUCCUCCAAUGAUGCCGACGAAGCCACCAAGCAGCCCACGGCCAGUCAAGUCCCAGAGAAUGUGCUGGUUCAGUUAGCCGCGCACCAAGGUCCAGGACUUUCCAGAGCAAUGGGACAGACUCUGUUGCUCGCCGACGUUUCUGACGCCCAACACUUUUCCCAGUUCCCGAGCCUCUGCACCAACAGCAGGGUCAGUUGGUGUUUCCUCAACUACACCAAACCCAACAGCACCCAAGCUGACCCACGGAGCUCCAUCUACAGUUCCUGGUGCAUCAGCUCGUACAAUCCCAACCCUCUGAACCUUAGCACCAAGGCUGCUCUGGCCUUGCUGAGUUCCAAACAGCGGAAGAACACCAACCUCCUGUAUGCCACGGCCGCCAUGGGACCGCCCAGCUCGGGGAAGCUGGUGUCGUCCGUCAGCUGGAAGCUCAGGUUUGAUCAGCUGAAACCAGAGGUGAUGGCAGUUGACAUCGGCCAUUUUGGAAGGAAGAUGAAGGAUGUGGCCUUGUGGGAGCAUCCCAAGGAGGAGCAUGUGGAGAAGGACGUUUCUAUUAAACCGGCCACCACCGAGCCAACUCGCAUCAAGAUCUUCGAAGGCGGGUACAAGUCCAAUGAAGACUACGUGUAUGUGCGCGGGCGCGGUCGGGGGAAGUACAUCUGCGAGGAGUGUGGCAUUCGCUGCAAGAAGCCCAGCAUGCUGAAGAAACACAUACGCACGCACACGGAUGUGCGGCCGUACGUCUGCAAGUUCUGCAACUUUGCCUUUAAGACCAAAGGGAAUCUGACCAAGCACAUGAAGUCAAAAGCUCACCUGAAGAAGUGUCUGGAGUUGGGCGUGUCCACAUCUUCCGUGGAAGACGCCGAGGCAGAUGACGCGGACUUUGGCGAGGAAGCCGGUGCGCGCCGUAAGGCCCUGGCUGAUCAUCAGUUCUCCGACGCUGAUGACUCGGAGGAAGAUGGCGACGAGGUGGACGACGAAGAUGACGAGGACGACGAUUACGACGGCGACUCCACACCCAGGACGUCGUCCCGCUCGGCCAGCCCUUGUGGCGUGCCCAUCACGGCGGCCGCCUCGCAGCCGUCGCCGCCGCUCUUCAGCUACUUCACCACCGUGCCCAGCAUCCGCAUCACAGCCCAGGCGACCCCCGGCGAGAGGGUCCCGCUCGAGCCGGGGCACCUGCCGGCUUUGCCCUCCGUGGACGAAGACCUCUCCCAAGAUUUCCCCUUGCCGUCUUCCCGCCUCUCCUCUCCUGGGCCGGACUACUCCGGUUGCCCGUCGCCCGUCUCGCCUUCCUUGUCCCCGUCGACACGCCAGUACCUCUCGCCGCAUCGCGACCACUCGCCCCGCGGCCCGUCGCCUCGGCAGGAUGCGUCUCCUCUGCGCCACCUUUCGCCCAAGCGGGACCUGGGGCUACGUAGACGCGAGCUGUCCCCCAGGAGGGGCCACCUGUCGCUACUCGCCCCGCUGUCGCGCCCCACCUCUCCCGGCAAGCGAGAUCUGUCGCCGCGAGGACGCCACAAGGGCAUGAUACGCCCCAACUCUCCUCGACGUGGACUCCAUCAGCACCUCCUCCUGCAGAGUCCACAGGGCGGCUCACGGGGCCUGAGGUCGGUGCACCUCGCCGGGCUGCUGAGUCGGGCGGAAUUCGGCCCUCGAGGACGUCGCAGGACCGCUGGCGCAGAAAUGGACACGGAAUGUGUUCCAGGUUCCCCAGGGAGGCGAGAGCAGGGUGGUAACCGUGGCAACCCCUCCGGUCCACCCCAUCAGGUCUUGUUCAGUCACCUCCCUCUCCAUUCACAACUGCAGGUGCGUUCUCCGUUCCCAAUGAUUCCCAUCGGAGGGAUCCAAAUGGUUCACGCUGUGCCCACGUCGCUCAGCACUCCUCUCAGCCAGCAGGGGGCGCAGCAGGCCGCGCCCCGCCUCCCGCCGCACAAAACUCCGUCGGAGGACCGCGAGGCCUCCGCCCCUUUCGGGAGAGGACCAGGAGGCCGGACCCCGUCGGGGUCAGAGGUCGUCGGCAUAAGGGAGCAGGAGGAGAACAUCCAAACGUGCACCAAAGCCAUCGCCUCACUGCGCAUCGACCUCGAGGAAGACGUCGAGAGGAGGCGAGAGGGGCUGGACGGCGAGGGGGGACCUCACUCCGAAGGACAAUGUCGGCGCUCGCCGCCCGUGGCCGCUUCGCCGCCUUCGCCCGCGCCGCCGGGGCCUCAGCACUUUAGCGCCUCCCCGCGUAGCCCCUCUCCCGCGUCCUCACCGUCGCCCCGGUCGACCCCCGCAGACGCCUCGCAAAGCACAAAGACGAGCAAAGACGUGUCGUAGAUGUGCAACUAUACGACAGCACGACUUUUUGCACAAUAUACGUUUUCUCUUUCAUUCUGGAAUAAUGGACACACACACGCCAACACACCUACACACACAUGCAUGUACUGUAUACACACACACACACACACACACACACAGUUCAUGUUGGGAGACAUUCUUAUUUAAAGACAUGAGAGAGAGAGAGAGAGAGAGUGUGCGCGUUGUGUGCGAUUGGGGGCAGUUUCAAGGCAGUCAAUUGGUACUUUAAUAAUAACAACAAUAAUAAUACUGAACAUAAAAGAAUAGUAAUGGGACACGUGUGCCUUUGCUGGGUGCUUCUGUUCUUUUCAGCAGUCACCUGAUCAACUUCAAGCCCUGCCCCCCCCCCCCC